CGUUGCUCACCCCUUGAAGAACCUAGGGUAACCUCGAACUCCAGUGCUUAUUGCUUUGCUUCUCGCUCCUAGAGUGGGUACUCCAGAUCCUCACUUCUUAUGGCAGGUAACCCAAUGCGACGCCAUCUUGUCAUACGACUGAAGGUUUGAGGUUAUGUUUCCUUGUUAUCAUAUCAUAUUCAUGUGCCAUGUGUUGAAGUUUUGUUGAAGUGUUCGUUUAAAUUUUAUUGUUAAAUCUAGUCAUGUAAUAACUGUUUCUGAAUUAUUUUUUUAAUCUAUAAGUACCAUGCCUGCUACGUGCUGCGUAGUGCAAUGCUCGCACAAUGCCAAGAAUUGCAAAUUAAAAAGAUUUCCUGUAAAUGAGGUGAGAGCGAAAGUGUGGGAACAAAUGCUUCGAAGGAAAAAUUUCACGCGGAAAAGUUUCCAUCGCAUUUGUGCCUGCCACUUCCCUAAAAGCCAGUUUGAUGAUAUCAAUGAAAGUCGGUUGCGGCCAGAUGCUGUUCCUCUUGUGUUCCCCACUCACACGAUAAAUCAAUGUGAAUCUUUGGAUGAGCCAACCUUGGAUAAGUAUCUAGUCAAAGAGACAAGGGAAGUGCAGCAUGAGGAAAUCGGUGAAGCAGAGCUAUGUUCUAUAUUGACGGCAAUCAAUGAAGAAGUACAAGUGAGUGGUGGCGAACAACAAGCGCUAGUUCUUGAUAUUAAUUCCAUCGUAAGUCUACCAUCAUAAUAAUUUUAAAGUAAACGAGUCA